AUGGCUGACCCUCACUCCCUAUCCAUAUCUCCACCAGAGAAGCACACACUCGUCGUUCUUCCCCCAGCCAGUCCUUCUGAGACAUCGCCUAGCAAGCCUGUUCGGCCAAUCGAGGCCCAAUCCUUGAGGGCCCCUGAGUGGAAAGAUCAAGACCAGGCUGUGAUCUGGUUUCUCGAGCUGCGCUCUGUUGUAAAGAGCAUCAUCUAUCGUGUUAUUUCCAAGAUACAAGAGGCACGAGGCAUAUUCGAAGAGACUGGCGCUACGAGCUGUUUUGACUACACAGAACUACAUGAGGCGUUAAGUGACCUGUGGUUUGGGUGGAAAUCAUUUAUCAAUGAGAGUGAGAUGACGUCCGACUUUUUGGAAGUGGCGUUAGAUUUCUGCAACCUUAAGGAGAUCAUUAGGAGAAUGAAGACGCCGAGAAAAGUUGCAAGGAGGCAUGCUACUCACAUGCGAAGUAUCAGGGAAGCAGCAGCUGUUAUCCAUGGAGAACUUCAUACUGUGAGAAGUCACAUGGAAGAGGUAAUAAUCUUACUACGUGAAAGUCGGGAUGGCUAUCUUUUUGAUCGGCUCCCCGAGCUUCCUGAGCCUCCUACAUUAGAGGGCGUGCAGGGACCACUCACAAUUAAAAUUCCGCCUGAGAUCACCGAAAUACAACCAUCAUCAGCAGAAUGUGAGCCAGAAGAGGAGGCUGUGCUACCACGAUGGCCACGGGACCCAUCCAUACUGCAUCCGGACACUUUUGAACCAAUUUGGAUGUCUUCGUACGGAUUCCCUGGGCCCAUGACCGAAGAGAUGGCGGAUAUAGUCGAAGAUGGUAAACAUUGCUAUAUGGUCGGGUCAUUGAGAAGCAUCCUUUGUCUAAUUCGAUUUUUCGACAUCCUGGAUGCGGUCGACGACCCCGCAUGCACCUUGAUAGAUCACAUUGCGGUUAUCCCUAAUGGCACUAGCCCGGGGUCUUUCAUUCUUGGGCUUUAUGAGGCUCAGAUACCUAAACACAUCAUGGAAAAAUAUGAUGAUUGGGAGUAUCGGCCAAUCGAUCAUGAGUUUUCUUUCCCCAUCUGGGCAGCUCCAGCUGCAGUAACGACUACUCCCUCCUCGCAUCCAUUAGAGGAUAUUUACCCUUGGUGCCGGCCUGCGUCGUUUCCGUCCAAGAUCACCAUGCUCAAAGUCAAAAACCAGAAGCCUCAGAAAAUGUAUUCAAUGGUGCAAGACUCCCUCCCAGAUGAACUGACAAAGAAGAAUGUUUUUUUCCGGGGGUUGAGCCUCCAAGCUCUUGAGCUCUCCCUGUCUUUCUUCAUCCCCAUCAUCCAAAGCAACAAUGGCGACGAUGAGUUCGGACCGGGCAUAUACGUUACGUCUGAUUUUAUCACGGCGAAAAUGUACGCCGGUAGUUGUGGGGCCAUCAUGGUGUUUCGAGACCCGGAUUUACGCGACCUGACUGUCUGGCAGCCCACCAGCGACGAGUGGCUACUGCUCGUCAAACAUUGGAGGGGCUUGCCACAUAGCGACCUGAAAGUUCCACCAGGCCACCAGCGCGCUGGCGUCAUUCGUGGAGCGAUGUCCCAGGAUGAAAAGGGCCGACGGGUUCCCGGCGAAGAUGAGCAGCUCGCAUUUGUGAGCUAUUCCGGCUGUGAACGGCUUGCGAAAUCUCUGAUCGCAAUAAUUUUCAUCGAGUCUUGA